UCUCGCUCUCUGGGCGCACGUGUAAUGUAUCCAUGUGAGUUGAAGUAGCAGUGUGUGUACUUUUUACAGAUGUUAAGGGAUUUUUGUAGAGAUCGAAUUCCAGUUGCUUAUACUAUUUUAUACAGUGCUUUGUAAUCGUCGCCUAGUAUGUCGUCCUUCUUUAUAAAAAAGAAAGGAAACGCCAAAACGGAUGAAAAUGCUGUGGCUAAGAAGAGGAAGGUGGCUGCUGCUAGUGGAAAAAGCAGAGGGGCUCUCAAGAAGGUGCUCAAUGAAGAGAUUUCCAGCGAGUCUGAGACUGAAGGCCCUCCAGUCAACAAGAAGAGUAAAGCAGAGGAUGAGUACUUGGAGGAAACAGCCCAGGAGAAGAAGCUCCGCUUGGCCAAACUGUACCUGGACCAGCUGAGGGCAGAAGAGGAAAAAACUGCAGAAGAUGGCUCUUGUGAGACUGAUGUGAUUGCUGGAAGACUUCAGGAAGAAGUGCUUGAACAGAGGGGGAAACUCCAGCGCUUGGUCGCACAAGAUUACCUUGUCCCAGAUGCUGCCGACUUGCGCCUCUUAAGGGGCCAUAAGCUUCCAGUGACCUGCCUUGUCGUUUCUCCCGAUGACAAGUUCAUCUUCUCUGCCUCCAAGGACUGCUCCAUCAUCAAGUGGGACGUCGAGAGCGGUCGGAAGUUGCGCACGGUGCCUGGAGGGAGGAAGGGAACUGAGGAUAGACACGUGGGCCACACUGCUCACAUCCUGUGCAUGGCAAUAUCGUCUGACGGCAAAUACCUGGCCACUGGGGACAUGAACAAGUUGAUCAUGAUUUGGGAGGCAACGACUUGUAAACAUCUGUACAAGUUCACGGGGCACCGAGACGCCGUGUCGGGCCUGUCCUUCCGGAAGGGAACGCACGACCUGUACAGCGCGUCUCACGACCGCUCGAUCAAGGUGUGGAACGUGGACGAGAACGCGUACGUGGAGACCAUGUUUGGCCACCAGGAUGUGAUCACGGGCCUGGACAGCUUGAGCCGCGAGCGGUGCGUGACCGCAGGGGGGAGGGACCAGACCGUUAGAGUGUGGAAGAUCGCAGAGGAGUCGCAGCUCGUCUUUCACGGUCACGAAGGUUCGAUUGACUGCAUCCAGCUCAUAAAUGAGGAACAUAUGAUCUCAGGAGCUGAUGAUGGGUCUUUGGCCCUGUGGAGCGUCAACAAGAAGAAACCCCUCUGCACAGUGAAGCGAGCCCAUGGUUGCCAUGGCGAUGAGGGCCUCGAGCAGCCCUACUGGAUCUCGGCAGUGACGGCUCUGCACAAUACCGACGCCGUGGCUUCAGGUUCCCAUAAUUCCAAGGUGCAGUUGUGGAGGUGCGGUGAAGGGUACCGCAGUCUGCAGCCCCUCUUCAGCAUCCCUGUGGUGGGUUUUGUGAAUAGCCUGAAAUUCUCAAACUCUGGAAAUUUUCUGGUGGCUGGAGUUGGCCAGGAGCACAGGCUCGGCAGAUGGUGGAGAAUUAAAGAAGCAAAGAAUGGAUUGUACAUCAUUCCUCUAAAGAAGCGAGACUCAGAGCCGGAGCAGAGUAGCACGAAUGGAGAGUAGCUCCCUGGAGUGGCUUCUAGCUCAUAUUUCAUUUCAAAGUUUAUAUUCUGAAAGGUAACAUGCUUAGCGGGUGGUUUUUUUUUUUUUUUUUGAUUAAAUAAUUUUAUUGAUAAGGGUAGUUCGUCUUCCUUUAACAUCAGGUAGAGAUGUCACGUUCGUGAUUCCUGCUUCACAUCUCGGUGCUUUGAAUUACUCGGGUUUGGGGAACAAAAUCUGCAGUGGGAGAGAGAAUCAAUCCACCCAAGGCUCCAGAUGUCAUCGAGGGGCUUUGAACAGCUUGUGUUAUUGCACAGCAUUUUCAUUAUGCUGUGUGAAAGAACAAGGCCUUUGGCAGACGCCCCACACAAGGAGAGGACCGACACGCUUGUGAGGAUGUGCGCGAGGAGCGUCUGCAGCGCUUGUGUGGAAACGCCGACCCACGGGGACACCCUCUGCUUCCAGCUGGGCUGCGGAAGACCGAGUCUCUCCAUCGCCAUACCCCUCGCGACCAAAUCCGCGUUACGGCGCUUUCGAGUUGCGGCCGAGUUUGACAAACCCCGACAUGAGAUGCUCUCUCAGUUGGAGCGUUGAUGUCGGUGGUGGACGAGAGUCAUCGUGGUGCGGGAUUGCGCUUCAUCCUGCGACCGUGUAACUAUUCGCUCGGAAGAAUACGGCACCUCAGGGGAGCUGAAUGAUGAAUUCCAGGAAUUCUCUUAAGCAGCAUCUCAUGUACAUAAGGUAUCUCCACAUUAUCCUGUGUCCACUGUUUGCUGCCUUUAUGCCUUAGGUUAUAACCUGGGAUGAUUUAAUAAGAGAAUAAUUAAAAACAAAAAAUAAACUUUGCAGGGUUGUACUUAAUAUUGCAAAUUACAUCUAAAAAAUCAAGGAUUUUGCAUAUAGAAAUUAUUCAAAGGGUACUUAUGCUAUGAAGAGGUUGAUUUGUACGCACACGUUAACAUUUAGUUUUAAUGCAGGAGUUCACUGAAAUUCAGCGCGAGUUACGGCAGGAAAAAAGUGCACAUUGUACAAAAAAUUAUUAGCUGAGCAAAAACCGUGUGUCAGUGAAAGAAGUGUUUUUAUCACAGUUCUGAAUGUCCAGCUAUCCAUCAUUCACUAAUGCGCAGUGUUUCCUUAAUUCUGCUCAUGUUUUCUUUUGACCUGAACCAUCAGCUUGUAAAAUCUGCUCUUUGCAAAUGAAUUUAAUGGGAAAAGUCAGGCAGUCUAGUUUUAAUAUUAAUAAAAAACACAUUUUAUUUACAUAAAUUACAAGAAAGCACAAACUGGUUCACCAAAGUCUACAAUAAAAACGGUUCUUAUAAUACAUUGAA